AUGCCUAAGCUCCAUGUAGAUGAUUUCAUUAUAGAGAAGCUGGUUGGCGAAGGCAAUUUCUCGAAGGUAUACGAAGCGACUAUAAAAUCUACCGGCGAAACGGUCGCCCUAAAGAUGAUAGAUCGUUUGGAGAUGGACAGGUUGGGCAAAAAACUAGAGGUCCUAAUGGAGAAGCAUUGCUUAAUCAAAUUGAAUCCUGACUCCUACCGUGAUGACGAAACUCGACGAAGCUUCACACGACUGAAAGGACGCUCAAAAAACGCUAUCAAGGAUAAGGAAACGGCGGUCGAGGAGACCAUGGGUAAAGUCACUUUGAAUCAUGGUGCAAGGCACAUAUGCAAGCUGUACCAUACAUUUGCUACUGACUUAGAACUAGGUUUGGUACAAGAGUUUUGCGAAGGUCAAGAAUUAUGGGAGGAUAUCCGUUAUUUAGGAGUGCAUAAUUACGAUCAACUGCGGGACUGGUGGAAGCAAAUAACAACAGGUUUAGAAUAUAUUCAUCGUUGCAAUUUAGUUCAUCGAGAUGUUAAAGCAGAAAAUAUAGUCAAGAUGACAAAUAACACACUACUGAAAUUCAUAGAUUUUGGCUCGGCCUUGGAUAUAUCUCUACCAUAUGAUGAGACGUUAGCAGGAAAUCGAUCGUCUCACGGACGAUCAAAAAAAUCACUUAAAUUUUAUGUCGGUACGGCCAACUUCAUGCCUCCUGAAAGUCGACGCAAUCGAAUAGUAACCUCAUACAAAUCAGACAUCUGGAGCCUCGGUUGCUUACUCUAUCAGCUGGCUACUGGCGCACCACCUUUUCAAGCCCCAUCAGAAUUUUUGGUUUAUGUCCGAGCUCAAUAUCAUGAUCUCGAUAUUCCAGUUUACCUACCACGAACUGUCCAGAAUUACAUAUGUCAAUGUUUACAAGAUAACUCAGACCAGCGCCCAGACUGGGAGUCCCUUGCCGCCAACGAGCUGGUAAAGAAUAUAGAGUGCUGUAACGCAACCGCACCUCCCCGCCCUAGUGCACAAGCUCUUGUUCUGAAGGUCCUCAAGAAGCGAAGCACGUUCUACGCAAAAUUGAUCGCCGAAUAUGUCGUUAAACACCAUCCCAAGGAUUUCACUAUUGAAAAGGAACCUUCCAAGGAAUCGUCGCUCAUUAGUGAGUCUCGAUCCGAUGUUGAACCCCCAGAUGUCGAUGACAGCAAUCCGAUCGAUGACAGCAAUCCGAUCGAAUGUGCCAAUCCGAUCGAAUGUGUCAAUCCGAUCGAGAACGCUAAUGCUUUGGGCGCCGUGUCGAGCGAGAUUAUUGCCUCGCCUUGCUCGUCUAUUUCCGAGUAUUCACCCACACCUAGGGAGCGCUCUCCAGGAUUCGAUAACGUUUCUUUGAAGCCAGAGAAUCAGACCACUGAUGUCGAAUGGCUUCGAAUUAUGUAUCCAGAUCGUAACGAGCGACAAGACGUCUGCCACGAACCUGGGUGCCAGGCGCCUGACUGCCCUUCAAUACUUGUGAGUGGAGAAUCGUGCAAGAAAGGUCAGUUGGUGGUUGACUGUUAUGCUUUGACGCCCGGGUCAGAGCUUUGGGUGGAAGCCUGGCGUCGGUUGGCGAAGGCAGUGCAGUCGGAAUUGCCUGCCGCCUCGUCGUCUGCUGCCUCAAGCGAGCCUGCUGAUAUGUGCCUGAACAUUCUUGGCUGUUCAGAUAGCAAGGCGGUGAUACGGCUGCUGGCGCAUGAUGGCGGGUAUCGAGAGGUACUAGACCUUUAUGUUCGCUGCGCCUUCCACGCUCUCCGUCUGCUUUGCACAGGAGGCAGGACUGAUCGUCUUUACGAGCACUGGGCGAACAACUGGUCGCCUUGCUGA